CAAAAUAAUGCACAAGUUGCUCGUUUUUGUAACGAAAAAAAUAAAUAAACACACACACAAGUUGCUCGUUAAACAAUCAAUUUAGCUGCCCUUUUUCAUAACCCAUCNCUAAUUUGAUUGCAGGGUAAUAUUAAGAACUAUGAGAACAAUCUGGAGAAAUGAUAGGUUUGAGAUGGGAGAGGUUGUGGGACAGGAGAAGAACUUGGAGCUUCUCAAAGGGAUGCUUCUGAGCCGAGACCCUAAACGGCGAGUCGUCGUGGUCGUGGGGAUGGCCGGCAUAGGCAAGACGACGCUCGCUAAAUGCAUCUGCCGCGACCCGGACAUCGUGACCCGCUUCACGAUUUUCGAUAGAUGGGGCCGUGAAUACCGGCUAGACGGCUGGGCAACCGUCAGGACCUACCGGGGGGACAUAUUCCAGUACUUGCUGCCUUUCCACAGACCCUUCCUAAAUAAAGAAGAUCCGUCGUACAAUGAGGUCAUGAGCGGCCACCUGCGCAGCCACCUGUCGGGCACCAGGUACCUUAUCGUGCUGGACGACAUGAGUGACCUCACGGACUGGAACCAGAUUAAAGGCGCGCUGCCGGACGAAGGCAACGGGAGCCGAAUCCUCGUGACGACACAGAACGCCGAUCUAGUGGGCGCUCUGCGUGCUUCGCCCCAUCACGUGCUUAGGGAUCCGUUCCUGGACGACGACGCCAGCUGGCAGCUGCUCCGCCGGGCGGUGUUCGGCGCCAGCUGUCACGACUGCCCUUACGAGCUCGAGAGGGCCGGGAGGAUGAUCGCGAGCGGCUGUGAGGGGCUUCCGCUUGCGAUUCUCCACGUCGGGAAGCUCCUGCGUGGUGAAGAAAGGACGGCCGAGAGAUGGCGGGCGCUUGAAGAAAGCGACAGCCUGUUCAACGACAAGGGCCUCUCGGCCGCGCUGAGUUCGAGUUACCAAAGUCUUCCUACACAUCUCAAAAAUUGCUUUCUGUAUAUGGGACUAAUCCCGAAAGGUACAGAGAUUCGCACGUCUAAACUCAUCCAAGCCUGGAUUGCUGAGGGAUUCGUUGAAAAAGGGAGGUCGAGUUCCCGCAGCUUGGAGGCAACAGCCGACGGCUAUCUGAACGAGCUUGUCGCCAAGAGCCUCGUGUUGGUUCGGGACCGGAGAUCGGUUGGUGGGGCCAAGACUUGCCGUGUUCAUGUCGUCUAUCGGUGUUUUUGCGUUGCUGUGGCCCGUGACCAUGAGUUUUGCCACGUGAUAAGCAAGUUGCACGCCAAUAGCUUCCCUCGGGGCAUUCGCCGCCAGCCGAGGCUCUGCUUCCAUAACAACAUUAUACUCGGCUUCAAGCAAGUUCGCAUGGUGUUGGAAUCUGAAUCUGUAGUUCCGUCGUCUAAACGCUCUCUUCUCUGCUACGGUCCACGUCAUCAAUACCCGGUAGAGGCUGACUUCCGGCCUUUUAAGCUGCUUCGCGUGCUGGAUUCGGUUGCUCUUCGUUUUUACGAGUUCCCAGACCAAGUGCUCUGUCUCGUCCGGCUGAGGUACCUUGCCAUCACGUACGAGGGCGAGAUUCCAAAGUCGAUUUCCAGACUACGUAACCUCCAAGUCUUUAUCGUCCGACGGCAUCGUGUUGUCAAAUCAGUUUAUGCUCCGGUUAGCUAUCUGCCGAUGGAAAUUUGGUACCUGGACAAGCUGAGGCACCUCCAAUGCACGGGAUACGACCUUCCGGAUCCUUCUUCCGUUGGGCUAGAUGGUUCGUUUCUCCUCGAAAACCUUGUCACGCUUUCGGGCGUGAGCGCCCACAGUUGCACGCAUGGAGUGCUUGCUAGGAUGCCCAAGCUGGCAAAAGUUGGAAUAAGAAUCGAGCCGCCACCCGGCACGUCUGAGAUCUUCAAUCCUUUCGGUGAUUUUGCACAUCUUUAUGAUGAGUUUGAGUCGUUCAAAUGUGUUCUCGUGAGACGUGGUCUUGCCUCUCAUGGCAUUCCCUUGGUAACUCCGUCUUUCCCUAUCAACAUUAGUAAAAUAACUUUGAGUGGAUGCGGGUUUCCGUGGGAGUAUAUGAGCGUGAUUGCUAGACUGCCUAAUCUUCAAGUGCUUAAACUGCGGUGCUAUGCUUUCUGUGGCCCUGUCUGCGUCUUAAACGAGUCGGGUUUCUCAAGGCUACGAUUUUUGCUGCUGGAAGACUUGGAUAUCAAGUGCUUGGUAGCUGAUAGGUAUGGAUGCCUCCCGGCACUCGAAUGCCUUAUUAUUAGGCACUGCUACAAACUGGAGGACAUCAAUUUGGAUGAAAAAGUGCCGCAAGAAAUGUUGGAGGUGCAGGGUUGCAGCACAACAACUGAGGCUUGGGCUCGAAAAUUAUUAGGAAACAGAAGUGAUUGCGGUGAUCAAUGUCGAGUUCACAUUCACUCCUCAAGGGAUGAUGAUAGCAAGCAUAAAUCGUGACGUCUGGUUUUUCGCAUGGCAUCUGAGAUGGCGUAUGGCGCGGUGAUUUUCCUGGAGGAAAACGUGUCGCGGCUGCUGACGUCACAUGCCGAUCUUCUCUCAGGCUCCGACACGGAAGAGGAGCUCUGGCUGCUGAUGGACGAUCUAAUGUCUUUCGAGACUUUGCUGGAGCCCGAGUCAACAAGGUCGAAUAAAGCCACAACUCAGGGAACUGCAGACUGGAAAUAUAUCUCCGGUCGCAGACGAGAUCUCGUCGACCCGGCGCCUGCUGACCUGGCACAGCUCGUCAGGUCGCUUAGGAAAGAUGAGUUGAAACCUGCCAUGGACAGGCUCAGUGGGACUGACAUUGCUAAAGUACAAAUUGGCCACGGCAAAUCUGAUGGGUCGAGACAAGCAACGCAGGAGCCGAGGCUGGAAAAGGCAGCCUCAAUCAUGGGAGAAAGCAUGAUAGGUCUGGAAGAUGAGGAAAGAAAAUUAAUCGAAACUCUGACCUCGGGACGAUAUUCUGCUCCUGGGAUGGGCAUCACCACCCUCAUCGGCAUGCCUGGCCUCGGUAAAACGACCCUGGCUUGGAAAGCUUACAACAACGAGGAAAUCCAACGGGAAUUCCCCACCCGAAUAUGGGCCUCCGUCUCCCGAGAUUUCAACCCGAGAACCAUCUUUCUCGUCAUCCUCCACCAAUUCACGAGCAAGGACAUGUCCAAAGAGACAACCUCUGACCUGGCAAAAGCUAUUCGUGCCUCCCUACAAGAGAGGAAGUUCCUUUUGGUCCUGGACGAUGUGUGGACUGCUAAGGCAAUGUCUACAAUCACGUCUGCCUUACCCACCAACAACAGGAAGGGUCGAGUCCUUGUCACCACCCGUCAUCAGGGAGUCACUGAACAGUUCAAAGUAUUCGGGAAGGAUGGGCAGUGUCCUCCGCAGCUGCAAGGGCUGGGAAGACAUAUAAGCGAACGAUGCCGAGGAAUACCGAUGCUGCUGUUGAUGAUAGCAGGGAAUCUUAUGGACUAUGUCUCGAAAGCAAAAACAAGUGUUGCCAUUGUGAAGUGGUGGAUAGAGCUAUCCCAAAGCCUGGACAAGUACACUCGUGGUGGAUCGGAUGUUUUGAGGAGUGUAUUGGAAUUGAUUUAUGAUAGAAUGUGUGACGAGUUGAGGGACUGCUUUCUUUAUUUGGGGGUGUUCCCGGAAGAUUAUGCGAUCCCGGCUUGGACAUUGACCCGACUAUGGAUUUCCGAAGGGUUCGGGAAAGAGCAUCUCUUCCAAGUGUUGACAAAAAAUGCUGAUGGAACUUUCAACAAACCUUCUCAAAACGACCAGCACCGCCGUAUUUGCAUUCAUUCCAAGGUCCUGGAAUUCUUCUCUACAGAGCCGUACGCCCCAGCCACUCGUUCUUUCCUUUCUUUCUCCGGAGAAGAAAUCGCCUUGCCGACAGAGGACAUCCCGAAAAUCCCGGGGGCCUUCGAGUUGGUGAGGGUUUUACAUGUGAAGCCCCUCGUGUUCAGAAUAUUCCCACUCGGGUUGACUCAACUCGUGCUUCUCAAGUACGUGGUCCUCUCUAGUGACUUCAAAGUCCUUCCGAAAGCCGUUUCCAGGCUAAGCAACAUGAUGACUCUCGUAAUCCAUACAUCGUCUCGUACUUUGGCAAUCAAAGCCGAUAUUUGGAGGUCGAUGGUCCAGCUGAGAGACUUGAGGACAAACGCGUCAAUUACUUUUCACAAAAAACCAGUAGCUGGCGAAAACCGAGGUGGCCAGCAUCUUCAGACGCUGGCCAACAUAUCACCGGGCGAUUGCACCCUCGACUUGUUUGUGCGGGCACAUCGCCUCAAGAAAUUAGGCAUUCGGGGGAUACUUGCCACUAUGAAUUUCGAUAACUUAGAAGUACUAAAUGACCUUGAGAAUUUGAAGCUGCUGAGUGACGACAUCCAUGAUAUCAUGACCCCACUCAGGCUUCCUCCUCCAGAUAAGUUACCCCCGAAACUUAGGAGCUUGACGCUAUCUGCCACUUUUCUCGGAGCAGAUGUCAUUCCUAGGAAUGCUGGAGAAUCUCGAGGUGCUCAAGCUGCACGUGCGCUGCAU